GCCAGUUGUCAAGAUCAAAGACUUUUCCACAAUUAAGUUAACAUACAAACUAUCUUACCAUAUAGGAUUGAAGCUACAUCAAUCCCUUCACCGAAGUAUGUAUCCUGAUCCAAGUGAUACUUUGUGGAAGUAAAAAAAAUAAGAUUAAAAAGACAAUAUUCUGCUUGAGCUGUAGUGAGGUUUCGAAGAUAGCAAAGUUGAAGGGAAAAAAAGGCUAGAGAAAAUAUAAGGGGAGAAAGAAAUGGCUGAAGUCAUAGUGUCAGAUGUUGUUCUAAAGCUUCUGGAGGUUUUAGGCAAAUCAGCUCAUGAAAAGAUCGCCCUGUACUUUGGUGGGAGAAAUAAGGUCGAAGAGCUUCAGAAAACAAUGAUGAUGAUCCAAGCUCGGGUUCUUGAUGCGGAGAGGCGAGGGGAAGGAGAGAGUGGAGCUCUUGUAAAGUUGUGGCUGAAAAGACUGAAAAAUGUUCUCUACCAAAUGGAGGAUUUGUUUGAAGAGGUUGCAAUAGCUGAUAAAGAGACCCAGCUGAUUGCUGCAGGGAAGCUGACUAAACCGCUGCACGUUUUGUUUUCUAAGUUAAGCCCUUUUAGCCAUUUCAGGAAUAGCAAAGUUGCUUAUGAGGUUAAGGCUGUUAUGAAGGAGUUUAAAAUCAUAACUUCAGAAAUGCAAAGCCUUAAUCUCGGGGUGUGUUCUGUUGAGGAACAACCUUCAGUUAGUUUGUCUAAAAAGGAACGUACCUGUUCUUUCAUCAUGGAGGAAGAGGUAGUUGGUAGAGAUGAAGAUAGAAAAGCACUUAUAGAUAUGGUUUUAAACAUUGAUGAUGUUGAGGGAAGAUAUUCUGUGAUCCCAAUUGUUGGGAUUGGUGGUUUAGGGAAAACAACUCUUGCUCAGCUUGUUUAUAAUGACAAAAAUGUUCAAAAACAAUUUGAGCUGAGGGGUUGGGCAUGUGUGUCUGAUGUUGUUAGUAUGGAAGAGUUCGCACGAAAAAUUCUUAGCUCGGUCACUGGUAGUGAUUGUCAACAUUUGAGUAUGGAAGAACUUCAGAUCCGCCUUCAGAAUGCUGUCGAUGAUAAGAAAUACUUGCUUGUAUUAGAUGAUGUAUGGGACGAGGAUCGUGAGAGGUGGCUUUCUCUGAAGCGCCUUCUAUGUGGUGGUAAACAAGGAAGCAGAAUAAUUGUAACCUGUAGGUCUAGGGUAGUGGCUCUUAAUAUGGGCACUGUUGUACCCUAUGAAUUGAAAGGCCUGUCUGAGGGGAAGUCUUGGGAGUUGUUUAGAAACCUAGCAUUCAAACAAGGACAAGAGCCUAGAAAUCCAAACUUGACAAGCAUAGGCAGAGAGAUAGUUAAAAGAUGUGCUGAUGUUCCACUUGUCAUACGGACUAUAGCUGGCCUUCUUUAUUCUAAAGAUGCUGAGAUAGAAUGGAAGAUUUUCAAGGAUAAGGAGCUGAGGAUGAUAACUCAGAAUGAAGAUAGUAUUAUGUCAACUUUGAAGCUAAGCUAUGAUCACUUGCCCUCACAAUUAAAGCAAUGCUUUGCAUACUGCUCUGUCUUUCCCAAGGAUUAUGUUUUGAGAAAGCAACAUCUGAUUGAUCUUUGGAUGGCCCAAGGAUUCAUUAUGUCAUCACACGGUAGUGAAAGUGCUAUGGAUGUUGGCGAUGUAUAUUUUAUGGAACUUUUGAGAAGAUCUUUUUUACUAGAGGAUGUUAGAGGUGAGGAUGGUGAUAUUAUCAGCUGUAAAAUGCAUGAUUUGAUGCAUGACUUGGCACAAUAUGUGGCUGGAGAGUUUACUGCUGUCCUAAAUGGAUCAAAGCUACAGAUAGAUGAGAACACAAGGCAUGCAAGCUUUAUUGUGGGUUCCUCUUGGAAAGUUCCAUCUUCUUUGCUUGCUACCAAGGAAAUGCGAUCUGUUCUUCUCUUAUCACAUACUACAUUGCUAAAUAUCAAUGAAUUUUUUUCCAGCUUGAGGUGUUUACGUGCGUUGGAUUUGUUUAAGGCUGAUUGUGAGUGUCUUCCCAGCUCCGUCGGGAAGCUGGUGCACCUAAGGUAUCUUAGACUUGGUUGUUCCAUAUUAUCUCUUUCUGAGGCCAUCACAAUGCUACAGAAUUUGCAGACUUUGGAUAUUCGGGCAUGUAAGUUUCUUAGGGAAUUUCCAAAUGGCUUUAACAAAUUAACCAAUCUAAGGAACUUGUAUAAUUAUAAAAUUGGAUUGAAUGAUAUGCCAUCUAGAUUUGGGAUGUUAACUUCUCUCUGCACAUUAGAUAAAUUUGUAGUGGGCAAAAGUAACGGUCUAGAUGCUCUGGCUUGCUUAAACAAUCUUUGCGGAAGAUUGGUGAUCUAUCAAGUAAAAUAUCGGAGAGAAGCUGUAUCUGAGGCAAUGGUGGGCAAUUUAAAGGAUAAGAAAAUUGUUGACCUAGUAUUAAGAUGGUCAUCCGUGUAUGGAGAUCCAACUCGUGCUGAUGAGGAUGAAGAGACUUUGGUGCUAGAAUACAUGCAACCUCCUCCAACUCUUAAAAGGCUACAUGUGAUGGAUUGGACAGGAGUGAGAUUUCCAAGGUGGGGGAUUGAUGAGUCCCUUUGCUUACUCCCUAACCUUGUUUCUUUGUGCAUUCAAUUUUGCCACCGAUGCAAAUGUCUCCCUCCCAUGAGUCAACUCCCUCAUCUCAGGUUUCUUGAACUUGGUUUUCUUGAAGUAUUAGAAUAUGUAGAUUUUGGUGGCAAUGAUAUCUCUUCUGCUGCAGCAUACUUCCCAUCAUUAGAACGUCUGGAGCUGCAGCAUCUCUGCAAACUUAAGGGAUGGUCAAGAAUAGAAGUGAAGGGUGAUGUACAUCAACAGAGACAUGACCGGAAUCAGCAAUACUUUCGAGUUUUUCCCCAUCUUUCGUGGCUUAGAAUAUACAGUUGCCCAAAGCUGAGGUCAAUGCCUCUGGUGCCAAGACUUGAGUCUUUGGAGGCAUAUGACAUCCAUGGAACUCUGUUAAAGCAUCUCUUGUAUGGAAAGGAUCCGUUAAGAACAUUGUCAGAACCUUGUUUGGCAACUCCUUUCACAUUAAAGAAGCUGGACAUUGAAUCUGUUCAUGAACUGGAUUCAUUCACUAUUAAUAUUUGUUCACUGGAGUCAUUUUCAAUUAAGGGAUGCCAUGAAUUGACCAAUUUAAUUGCUGAAUCCCCAUCAUCUCUCAGGCAACUUAUAAUCAGUGAAUGUGGGAGACUGAGAGACAUUAUUGGUGCAUUGCAGCAUCUCUCUUCCCUUGAGGAUUUGAAGCUCUGGCACUGUGAAGAUUUGUGGGAUGUCAAGAAUGAUGAUGAUGGUGAAAAUGAGGCUUGUAGUGGCAGGCCGGUUGCUUUGCAAAGCCUGAAGAGCCUUAGCUCCUUGAGUUUGUAUUCAAUUUCGAAACUAAAAUCGCUUCCUAGGAGCCUAUGUUAUGUCACAAGUCUUCAAGAAAUUUAUAUUGAUGAGCUCUCUGAAUUAAGGGGCCUACCAGAAUGGUUUGGCAACUUAACCCAGCUUCGGCGGCUGUCAAUAAGGAAUUGCCAUAAUUUGGUGGCACUCCCAGAAUCUUUUCGUGAACUCACUGCAUUACAAGAACUUAACAUUUGGAAGUGUCCAGAACUUGAGAAAAGGUGUGAAUGGCCAGAUGGCCAAGACCGGUCCCUUAUACCAUCCACUGCGUCCAUAUGUCGGUAUUGAGACAUCUCAGGGGCAUUUUAGCUGCCUGGAUCAGAAUAACCAUAUUAUUAUUCUAGGUUAAUUCACAUGAAGGUUGAGGUGCUAUGCAUGGAGUAUAAGGCAAGAAGAAUGUUGGUGAAUUGUCCACAGCCACACGGCCAACAUCUAAUCAAUGUUAGGCUAGUGUAUUUAUAUCUGAAUCUACAAAUGAUGACAGUCCAUAUCUUAGUGGAUAUCAACUAUAUUGAGGACGUUCCCCUGAUAUUGAAGUGGUACAUGAUGUUUUGAAGAGGAAUGGAAGCUUGCGUGCUGACAUUGACUUAAAUACCAGCACUUCAUGGCUGUAAUAACGGAGCCAAAACAGAAUAUUGAGGUGGGAGAUCUGUUUGCGCAACAUCCAAUUGCUAUACAGUUUCCACCAACCUGCUUCAUGCUGCUUAGAACUCUCUAUGUGUUGUUCCAGUUUCCAGAUGUGUUCAUAGCUUCUAAGUUUUUAACUGCGAUGUUGUGGCAGCUAUAUAUCCUAUAAGUCUUAGCAUAAUACUCAUUUAUUCACUUUGAAAGAUAGUUUUUCAUAUGAAUCUAUUCUUUAGUAUGGAUGUCCCAUAUGUGUUCAUGGGCCAUCUUGUGUUUUGUUCAAAGAAAUAUAUUCUAAACUGGAUUUUAUUUACAAUGGAAAACUAGAAUUCAAGUUUCAAAAUUCAUUUUCUUUUCCUUGUUUUCUUAGUGUAGAAGAAAGAAAAGGAAAAUAGGAUAUGAAGGGAAAGCUAUGGAAUGAUGAAAAGGCUGAGGGGGUGAAGGAUAGGGAAGAAAAUGCGGUAUUCCUUUAUAAAAGAAAAUAAUCUUCAUCCUUUGGGAAGUUUAGCAAGACAAGGAGUAUUACUUCGGUUUACAAACAAAUAGAGGAAAGUUGAAAAUUCAAAUUCCUUAAAAUGAUAUCUAAUGAGCAAUUGCACCAAACAUAGAGACUCUUCUUAGGCCCAAAGAAUUUUUUUAAUCCACAACAUGCCCGAGAUACCAAACCCGGUCCAUUUCCAUUCUACAUAUGAGUAAAUAAUAUCUGAUUUUUGUUUUUAGCUUUGAUCCUUUUUCAGUGUAUAAUUGUGAAAAUGUGAGACUUCUUUUGGAUGGUAUUGGGCCUAUUAGCCAUUAUAAGCUUAUAGCUAGGUUAGUAAGGCCUAAGAAGUAAGAAUUAAUGUUGUGAUGUCAUCACAUGCAUGUUGCAAUCGUACUCAAUCCAUUUUUAUACACUUACCAAAUGCAACCGUUUUUAUUUUUAAGUUACACUUUUAUUUUUAACAAACGACUACAUAAGAAAAAAUUAUUUUAAUUCCCUACUUUUAUGAAAAUGGCAAGGAAAUCAAUUUUUUUUCAUUGGUUAAUAGUUAGCACAAAACAGUUAAUUAACUCAGUUAAGUUAACAUUGGUAAACCGUAAAUUGAAUUAGCGGUUUCUUUCUAACUAAACCCAGAAAACCAUUUCGUCACCAACACAACACUAUCCCCAAUAAUCUCUCAUCUUCCCAGCAAGCUAUUGGGAUGAUAAAUAAGGCAAACACAUACUAGGCUAGCUAGAGAAAUAUAACAAUUAAGUAAUUGACAAAUUAAAGGUGGAGAUAGUAAGAGGUUGAAUUAGAGUGCAGCUCCAAUUAGAUAAAGAUUUUCUCGGCGAGUUUUGACGAUUGUAAUUAUGGUUGCUCGGAGUUGGUGUUGGUAAUUGUGGGCCUGUGGGAUUGCAAAGGUAAAGGGAAAUAGAAGACUAGAGGAUAUUUAAGCUAUUCUUUUAAUCUCUCCAUGGUUAUGCAUCUCUGGUUCUUGCUACAAGACUAGUGUUUGCUUUAUUUGAUAUAUAUUUUUUUUAAACUACCAAUACAUAGCGGUUUGUGCGUGAACAAAAAAAGUUACUUGUUAAGUAAUUGCUGACAUGGACAAUAUAGUGGGAAUUUUGUUAAAAAAGGGUGUAGUUGGGGAAUUUUGAUAUUUUUGAGCGUUUUUAGCAGAAUCCCUCUCUAAGACAAUACUUCAUGCAGUUUUUGAGUGCACUGCUGCUCUAAAAAUCAGGCAACAUCAUCCCCUUGCUAAUGCUCUAACUGAUGCACCAAACCAAUCCUUCCCGGUUCGCUGGCCGUGGCUUGCGAGUAAACUAAGUUGUGAGGAGUUGAGAACUGCAGCAACAUUAAUGUAGGCGUCCUGGGCUUGCAGAAAUUAAUUUUUUCUGAGAAUGGGAAUCCAGAUGCUGUCAUGAUGGCAGCAGGCUAUGUGAAGAUGGUGGAGGAGUACCAAAGCUAUGCGAAAAAGGUUUACAGCAGGCCCAUCUUAGCUGCUACUCACCCAGCAAUCACUUCAUGGAAGUGCCCCCCUCCUGGGUAUGUUAAGGUGAAUACCGAUGCACAUUUUGUGGAUGGUGUAAAGGCGGGGCUGGGGGUGGUUGUGAGAGAUUCUGCAGGAGUAGUUUUGCUGUGUGCUACAAAGCGUACAAGGGCAGCAAAUUCGGAGUAUGCUGAAGCGUUAGCAGUUCGAUAUGGCAUCCACAUUGCUCGUCAUAUUGGUUACUUGCAUUUUUGGCUCGAAAGUGAUUUUGCAAACGUGAUUAAAGCUAUUAAUAGCAAUGCUGUUGGUUUCUCACCUCUAUACUUGGUGUAUGAUGAUAUUAGAUAUAACAGUGCUAUUUGUGAUGAUGUUUUAUUCACCCAGGCCAUGUCAUGUUAAGCGGGCUUGUAACACCGUUGCCCACUAUGUAGCUAGGUGGGAUACAGAUGGUAAUCUUGAGUACAUUUGUAUUGGCAGAUUUGACUUGAUGUAUAUUUAUGGAACUUGUUAGAAGAUCUUUUUUACUAGAGGAUGUUAGAGAGGGUGGUGAUAUAAUCAGCUGUAAAAUGCAUGAUUUGAUGCAUGACUUGGCACAAUAUGUGGCUGGAGAAUUUACUGCUGUCCUAAAUGGAUCAAAGCUACAGAUAGAUGAGAACACAAGGCAUGCAAGCUUUAUUGUGGGUUCCUCUUGGCAAGUUCUAUCUUCUUUGCUUGCUACCAAGCAAAUGCGAUCUGUUCUUCUCUUAUCACAUACUACAUUGCUAAAUAUCAAUGAAAUUUUUUCCAGCUUGAGGUGUUUACGUGCGUUGGAUUUGUUUAAGGCUGAUUGUGAGUGUCUUCCCAGCUCCGUCGGGAAGCUGGUGCACCUAAGGUAUCUUAGACUUGGUUGUUCCAUAUUAUCUCUUUCUGAGGCCAUCACAA